AUGGCACAACUCCUCGAAACUUGGUUGAACAGUGAAGUUGAACUUUCGAAAAAAGUAACCAACUUCGAAGAAGAUUUUUCAAAUGGCUACCUUCUCGGUGAGCUCCUCUACAAGUUCAAUCAGCAGCCUGAUUUUGAUUGCUUUAAAGACAGGCACACACGAAACUAUGUAUUAAGCAAUUUCACUCAUAUGAUAGAUGUCUUCAAGUCUCUUGGGGUGAAAUUCGACACCAACAUCAUCAAUGGCAUCAUCAAAAAAGAAAACGGGGCAGCCAUCAAGCUACUCUAUCAGCUGAAGAUGGCCUUAGAAAAGACCUCCCCUCCAACAGAUGUAACUUUACUAAAAAAAGGAAAACUAAACGAACAGCCUCCAGUCAAGAGUAUAAGACCAGAACGUCCUCAAUUUGACGAGAUGGAAAAGAAAAACACAGUGACAAGGCUUCAAAAAAUGAAUAGAGCUCAAAAAGAAGUCGAUCUCGAUAAAAAGAUGGAUAGAUUCGCUCAAUUUCAAAUAAAAAGCGAAAAAAGAGCCCAGCAAGAUAAAAUCAAUGAAGCUGCAAGAGAAAUAAAAUUAAAGGACGAAAAAAGAAAAGCUUUGAUCAAUAAAUUACAAAGAAAUGCAGGGUUUAUGGAGGACUGGGAGCAAAAAGGGGUUCAAGAUUGGAAUUAUAACAUGGAAAUCAAGAAAAACAGAGAGAACAUGGAGUUGACAUAUAAAUUAAAGCAGUUUCAGCAUGCUAAAGACGUUGCAGAUACAAUGUAUACCAAAGAAGUUAACGAAGAAAUUAAUGGGAUCAACGAAUUUGAAGCAAAAACUAUGAAGGAGCAUGGGAUUUCAACGAAGCCUUAUAAGGCAACACAAACGAUGGCCCAAACUGUGUCCUAUUUUAGGGGCUCAACGCCAGCUACAAUAACAACACAAGAAAGAGAUAUUAAACGCAGGACGAUGGCAGCCAGGCUAAACCAGCUUGAAGUAUCAGAGGAAGUUAAUUACCGUCAAGACUUAGCUUUAAAAAAGCUAGACAUUCUUUCUAAUAUAGAAGAAGAUAUAGCUAAUGAAAUAUGAAAAGUUACUCAUUAUACAGAGCUUAUGGUUGCUCAUAGGAAACUAAGAGAAACCAGAUAUGAAAGAAGACGUGAAUACGACUCAGAAAUUGCCCAGCUAAAAGAAAGAAAGAUGCUAGAGAGAUGAAUUGAUAAUAUGUGGAUUGAAGUAGAGCUAGAAGAAGCCAGAGCUCAUCGGCUAGAGAUUGAUUUACAAGUUGAGCAGAGAAAUGAGAAAGGAAAAGACAUGGAAAACAUGAUUGAGCUGCUGCUUGGGAUAACAGAAGAAGUCUAUGCGUUCCAGCAAAAUAAAAACUCAGAAGAACUUGACAAAAGAUACUGGAAUGAAUGGGUUCAUCUAUUUAAAGAUGGCUCAAAUGUAAUUGUUGGAAACAAUGAAGCACUCAAUAUAAGAGAGCUUGAUGAUUAUAUUCUAGGAAAAGGACAAUGGAAUUAUAACAUCUCAGUUUUUAAUUAUAAAUUUUCUGAUGCUUUAUUGAAACUGAUUGACUGGAAAUUUGACUCAGAGGUUGACAAUAAAGGCAGCCUUUUGCCAUGCCCUCCAAUCAAACUAGCUAUGAUAGGGUAUCCUUAUAGUGGGAAAAGCACUCAUGCAGGCCGACUAAGAACAAGAUAUAAUAUAGACAUCAUAGAAGUAAAAGACAUAAUUGCAAAAGCCAGUAUUGAUAUUUUGCUUGAAGGCAAGACCUUAAGGGAUGAAGACAUUGUGAAUUUAAUUGUUGAAAAAAUCAUGAUCUCUAAUGAAGCUGGAUGGAUUUUAGUAGAUUUUCCAACAAAUUCAAGUCAGGCAAAGCUAUUAGAAGAAGCUUUAACUAACUUUAAAGAUCCUAUUGAAAAAGAAAAAUCCCAAAAAGAAAUAAAUAUUGAAAAAGUUUUAAAAAUUGCUCCAUUGGAAUGCAAGCCUCCAGAAAAUAAAGAUUUGUAUAAAUCAGGACUGGACUAUUUGAUAUGGCUUUGGGCUGAUAAAAGAGAGUGCUUAAGACGGUCAUUUGGUAGGAGAAUUGACCCUAAGACCAAUCUUCUUUAUCAUAUUGAAGAUGAUGUCCCUACAUUAAACGAAUCUCCAUUAGUAGAAAACUUACAGCCUGAUGAUAAAAUAAACGAGCAUAGAGGUGCGAUUGUAGACCGAAUGAUUGCAUUAGAUAGGCAUACACAUGAAUUGACAGAGUGGCUUUGGCAAUUUGGGAAAGACCAAAAAUCGAUUUUAGUAAACAUUGAUACGAAUAAGCCAAUAAUGGAAAGCGGCGUAGAAAUUGAAGAGCUUGUCGAAGAACUUAUUCAAAAAAGGAGAGAAUUAGAUGAAAAGUUACAAAGAGAAGAAGAGGAAAGGAAGAAACAAGAAGAUGCAGUGGCACUUGAAGCACAGGAAGCCUUAGAUAGAAAAAGGGAAAGUGCAGAAAUGCUUAAAGAAGACCAAAGGGAGACUGCUCUAUUUGAAGAGCCUUAUCAAGAUAAAACUUUCCCGGUUGUCCAAGAAAAGCCUGAUGGCCUAUGGGAAUUUUGGGAAGUAAUGCAAGACAUUUAUGUAGCAGCCCUGCUACAAGUUUUUGAACUUGAAAGGUAUCAGCGAACGGACUCCACUCAGCAUUUAAAGCAAAUUCAAGAAGAAUUUCUCGAAUUUUUAUAUAGACCUUGUGAAAAGCAAGAUUUACUAAACAAAUUCCAAAUGGACUUCAAUCAGUUUUCAGAUGAAAAUCCGGAUAUGAGAGAAGACCAAGCCACAAUAGCUGAGCUCCAUCAAAGAACUGAAGAUUUAUGCAACCAAAUCUGGGACAUCAUUGAAAAGAGACAACUGGAAGCUGAAGAAGAACUGAAAGACAUAAAAAAUUGUGGCUGGCUUGAAGGUCAGUCUGAUUUAAUUAUGAGACAAGUCCAAGCAAUUCUUCAAUCUGAAUACCAGCGAUAUGGAGCUUCCAUACAAGUUUUGACUGAUUAUUACGCAACUCUAGAAAAAAGAAAACUGCCGAAAUGUGAAAUUCCUCAGAUUGAUUUGGUAUUGGAAGGGCUAAAUCCAAGUGAAACUAUUGAUAAAUUAUGUGAUAGAAUUGCACAAACUCCACCAUAUGUGCCAGCUGCUGAAGAGGAAAAAGAGGUUAAAGAUCCAAAGGCGAAAAAACCAGCACCUAAAGGGAAGAAGGAAGAAGAAAAGAUCGAAAAAACUGAAAUCCAGCUGGAAAUGGAAGCAACGAUUAAGAAAGAGCAUGAAAUUUUGCUAUAUAGAGUUGAUCGAGCCAAAAAUUGGGGUAAAUCAAGGAUAAAAGAAUUAGAACAGGAAACGACCAAAAUUUACCAAAGAAUGGAAAAAUGGAUAUAUUCCGCUAUUUUAGCAGAAAACAAAGCAGUAGACGAAAUUUCUAACAUAAUCAGAAAUUCUAUAGAAAAACAGAUAAAAAUCCAGCCGCUUUUAGAGUUAAAGACUCUAGAUGCAAUAAUCCACGAAAAUAUAAUAACCUUUGAAACAGUCCCUCCUCCGAUUAUACCUCCAAAAGAGCCAAUUUCUCCCACAAAAAUUUCAAUGCCCCAGCUUCGAUCUAUAGUUGAAGAAUUUUUACAGUAUCCUUUACUUAUUAACGUAAAUGUAUUGGCAAAUAUAAUUUUCAGAAGGAAGAAGCUAAGUGCUUUACUAGACAACGUGGACAGUCUUCCUGAAAAGUGGAGAUUAAGGUCGUAUGGAGAAAUAAUCGGAUUAGUUAAUACUUAUGAUAAUGAACAAAGAGGGUUCUUAAAGUGGACUUCAUUUUUAUCAUAUUUAAUGCAAGAAGCACAAAAUUCUCAAAUAGAAGAAAUAAGCCAAUUAAUCAAACAGAAAGCAAGCAAUGAUAUUUUGGAAGCAUGGGAAAAAGAACUGACAUCAAAAAAACAAUUAUCAUAA